UUUGCAUAUGUUGCAAGAGACCGAGACACUCGAAUUUUAAAAUGUCAUGUGUUCCGAUGUGACACACCAGCAAAAGCCAUUGCAACAAGUCUGCAUGAGAUCUGCUCUAAGAUUAUGGCAGAGCGGAAGAAUGCCAAAGCUGUUGCUUGUAGUUCAUUACAAGAGAGGGUCAAUAUAGGUCUUGAUGUUCCUUUACAAGUAGAUUUCCCUACACCAAAGACUGAGCUGGUUCAGAAGUUCCACGUACAGUAUAUAGGCAUGAUGUCUGUCACCAAACCAAUAGGUAUGGAUACUCUGAAUGGUGCUGUGGACUGCCUUAUGUCUUCAUCGAACAAGGAAGAUUGGAUGUCUGUUAUCAUGAAUGUGGCUGACGCUACAGUCACAGUUAUUAAAGAAAAAAAUGAAGAGGAGGUAGUCUUGGAAUGUCGUGUUCGGUUUCUGUCAUUUAUGGGAGUUGGAAAAGAUGUCCAUAAUUUUGCCUUCAUUAUGGAUACAGGGAACCAACACUUUGAGUGCCAUGUCUUUUGGUGUGAGCCCAACGCAGGCAGUGUAUCAGAGGCUGUUCAGGCAGCUUGUAUGCUACGAUACCAGAAGUGCUUGGUUGCCAGACCUCCUCCACAGAGGGCACGAGCCUCCUCUGCUCCUCCAACAGACUCUGUAACAAGGAGAGUGACAACCAGUGUGAAACGAGGGGUCUUAUCCAUUAUUGACACACUGAAACAGAAAAGACCUGUCUCUGAAAUACCAUAAACUGCAGAUACCAUGAGAUAAGAGAUACUGAAGCUGUAUUUAUAUUACCAAGGAUCUAAAUGCUACAGUGCAGGAAACCAAUUGAUGCUCUGACUUCAUUUAUUUGCAGCUGCCAUCAUUAGAGCUUUGAUCGUUUAUCAGAAGCUGUGAAGGGAGCAUGUACUUUAAUUUUUGCCACAGUUAUGUGAUAAUAAAAAGAAGCAUGAAUAUUUUAUUUGUUUAUAAUCAGUCUGAUUUACAGUCUCAAGUGGCAGAAGUUUCACUUCACUUCAGAUUGCAAAAUAACUGAACAUUGCAAGUUACUAAAGCCAAAAGGCAGCAGUCCCUUUCUUUGUGCUCUGGUGCUGAAAUCUUUGGACUGGCUGAAGCUUUGUGUAGUACUUUCACAUUUUGCUUGAGUUGGAUUUGAUGCACAGAACCUUGUUUCUGAAGCUCUGCUAGAAUGCUUCCCCUACAACCACCCCUAACACAAGAGUCGGUAUUGUGUACGACACAUAUUGAGAGUACUGCAGCACCUGUUCUUGUCAUCAUUUCAGUCAGUGUAUUCUUGUUUCAUUCUGGUAACAAACUGACUGGCUCAUGUGUUUCACUGUAUUAAAUGUUUUAAGUGACAGCUUUGGUAUCAUAAGCUUUCUUGAGCAUUAAAAGCAGUUAUAAGAUAGGUGCAUGGAAUUGUUUAAUUUGACUGGUUUGCAUCUGAAGUGUUGUCUACACUGGUAAAGAAGCGCCAACUACUAACUUGUAGUAGCGCCAUCUUAUCUCACUCCAUUUAUGGAAACAUUAUUCAUCACAUACAUUACAGCUAUCGUUAUACAGCCUUAAGCUAAGCACGGAAAUUAAAUCACCUUGAAUGAAACUAGAGCAGUGGCGUUUCCCUUAUUACCAUUUACCUUGCACACAGCUUAAAAUGUAAAGGGUGGUGUUGCAGUUAUUACACGAUUUUCAAUUCGCACUUUAAAACCCUCAAUCUUCCUUCCAUGUUCUAUUGGAUUUAAUCUGUUUUUGAGUGGCUUUUGUUGUUAAUAAGGUGUAUUCUGCCAGUGUAGCUGCAUAUACUGUUGAGUUUGUACAUUCUGUAAGUAUCAUUCCAUGCCUUUUACCUGAAAUGAGUAGACGGAACAAAACAGAAUAGAUUGAGGAGGAUUCAGUUUUAUACAUUGGCUAGAGUUUACCUCCAUCUGAUGUGCAUUUUAGUCCAUUCAGGAGGUAAAAACGGCUGUAUCCCAUCACUGAGUUCUUCAGCAGCUUGAACAGUCAAUGCAGUUAUCAAACACUCCUGAAGUAACAACCACCAGAACCUGUCAAAACUGAUUCUUAAACUUUAGAGCUCUGACUGCAGAUUAACUGAAAUUUAAGUCUCAUAUACCAUCAUGUGGUAUUAAAUGUGUCCAUUAUAUUAUGAUGACUUAAUCUGCAUUUUCUAAAUAAGCCAUAAGGAGUGGUUCCAAACUGAUGUGCUAUGAAUGCAUUGCUACGUAAUGAGUAUAUACCCUGCACUGCUUUGUUAAACCAACCCUAACUGACCCUGUAUCAGUGUAGAGCCUCCCAGAACAAGAACAGAAUUUUUACUAUACAAUAGCUUUAUUUUAAGUAACCAGUACCUUUUUUUUUAAUAACAUUGUACUAUAGCAGUAUACAUUUGUAGGAUUGUCGGUAGUUUGUGUAUUUUCCAUUGAAUGUGGGGGGGGCGCUUUCAUGUGGUAUAUUAGGCUGUACUUCUGAGACUAAAUAAUAUCCUCAACUCAAAUGUCAUACUAUGUCCUGAUUUAGAGGCAGUAAGACAAAUUGUGUAGCAGUUAGGCAUAUCCAAAUUGCAGACUAUAUUUUUGUAUUUUUACUUUUGAAAGCUGUUUUUGAAGUACAUAACCACACAUACAUUUAUAUAGGAUAAUGUAUUUCCCACCCACACUUACAGAAAAUAUUAUAUGGGAUGGGAUGAAAUAUGUCUCCCCUACCCAUACUCAGUCAGAACAUCCCUCCUUUUCAGUCUCAGUUCUGUACCAUGAUAUCUUUGUUCUCAGUACACCAUCUUUAGUCAAGUAAGAUUACUGUACUGUAAAAUUUCACACAAUAUAUUUUAAAGAUGCAUAUGUGACUUUUCUGAAAAUAAGUGUGAACAGUGCUUAAGUUAUAUUAAAAGUGCACUAAAGUGUAUAUGGAUGUGCACUGAACAUAAAGAUAAAGUUGCUUAACUAUUGUAGCAAUGGCAGAUCCUAACUGUUCAAAUACCUUUGUACUUAAAGGCAUAUUUAAAUCAUAUAUGGGCAUGUUUAGCUGACAUACCCCCCCCCCUCCCCAUACACACAUCAUAAGUUGUUUUUAAUUUAUUUCUUGCUUUUUAAUUUGAGCGUUGAUCUCCUAAGACAGGUGGAAAGACUGUAUUAUGUGUUGCCAAGAACUGGUAUGGUAAAAUUACUACUGAACGCAUUUACAAAGGAUUGUCUUUUUAAUGAAACUUACAUUAUUUGUUUUUGUAGCUGCAGUAAGACAGCUGGUUUGGGGUUAUAUAUCACCUAUCUGAUGCAUGGUAAGGGGCUAAAGACACUUGUCCUCUAGACUCGAUUCUUAUUUUUCCCCUGACCAGUUAUUAGAUGUAUUUGUUGUAAACACCUGUUAUCCUUUGUCUUGUUUGUGCUCAGCAGUGAAACCUUCCCUUAAAUGUAAGUGUUUGGGGCUCUACAGUAGUAACUAUUACCUGUCAGAUCAAUGUGUUAGGUCACAUUUGUUAACCGUGCAGCUUAAAACACAGGUACUUUACAUCACAGCAUGUACCCCUUACAUGCGUUCUCAUCUGAACAUGCACAAUGCAUAAAUCACUACUAAGAUUUGGUGAGUCGAUGCUUAAAUAACAGUAAUCAGUGAACUGACUAAGCUGAAGUUACGACUACCAGUAAAACCUAGUUUUAGAAUCCAGUGUGUGAGAAGAUCAGGGUGAUUUUACUUAAUUGUAGUGCAGUACAGUUCACAUCAGGGAUGUGAUUUUUAUAAAGAGUGAUUGGCUCAAGUCUUGUAAAAUGUCCUGAUUAGUCUGACUGUGUGAAGCCUCAUGCUUCAGUCAAUUUUACAUUUUCCCCAGAAGCUAGGAUUUAGAAUAGUAUGUAAAAUAUCUUUUGGCAGCUGUACUGAAUAUACCACAUGAAGGCAUGUCUACUUAGAUUCUUUGCAUAAAGUCUUUCCAUUUUAAAUCGCUAGACACUAAACUGUACUCCUCAUAUUAGAUUCUGCUUGGCAGAGUGAGUAUUGUUCUGUCUAAUAAGACAGAACUCUUAACGGAAUUGUAUGUAAUUUUUGCAGAUAGAGCAAAACAGUUACAAACUUAUUAAAAUGUUUGAUUUGGAUACCACCCGACUGUCUGGAAGCAAAUAUACAUUUCAGUUCCUGCAGUCUGUAAAUCAGGGAUGAGGCCUCUCAUUUACCUAAAGCCUUUUUUUAAAGCAAGAGAAUUUUGCCAAUAUUUUAAAAACAAACAAACGUACAAACAUUGAUGAGGAAGUUUCUUUAAAUAUGCAAUUUUUUGAAGAGGGGAGUAAAUUAUAAGAUAUCAUAAAGUUGGAAGAGGAAGCAUUUUUAGCUCACUCUUAAGAUCUCGUUUUAAGGUCUGUUGUUAACCAUUUUGUUUCUGCCAUGGCCAAAGUUUACGUGUUAGAAGUCUUGUCUUGUGGUGCCAGUGUUUUCAUGUGUUUAUUAGGUAAACUAGUUGUAGUGAGACUGCAGAAACCUAUGCAUUUUAGUCAGUCUUAAAGAAGACAGCCAUGUCACUAUGCCUUGCAUGUCUUGCCAUUUUUAAGUAAUAAUACACUUAAAUUUAUUUUUGUUUUGUAUUAAAGUAUUCAAAAACAUGUUGAUGUAUUUCUUUUAUAAGCACUGUUAUAUGUAUAAACACUAUUGGCUAAGUUAGCUAAACAUACUCCAUCCUAGUUAGAAGGAAUUUUGGAAAAUGUUUAACUGCAUUUAUGGGCACAGGAUGAAAAGUUAAAGGGGCUUAGUUAAUUUAUUUAAUGGUUUAUAACUCCGGGCAAUAGGUCAAAAGAGAUGUUUAUGUUAUCUUUAUUUGCAAAUGUGUCAUGCAUAUAUGUGUGUGUGUGUGUAUAUAUAUAUAUAUAUAUAUAUAUAUAUAUAUAUAUAUAUAUAUAUAUAUAUAUAUAUAUAUAUAUGCAUCUACUGUUAAAACCACAACUGUUUAUGAGCUAUAACUGUUAAUGCGUUGUACUGCAAGAGUAAUUUUGAAUUACACAUUCUAAGUAAGAACAAUUUCCAUAGAUAAGACACACACACACACACACACACACACACACUUACUUAUUCUUCCGUUUUGUUAGCACACAUAGCUUAGGAGUAAUUGCCUGUUUUCUGUUGCAAAUGUUUCACUCAGCUGUAGCUCUGGAAAGAUGUGUAUGUAAUUGUGAUCUGAAUGAGGUGUCUGUGUCCUGCAGAGCUUUGAAGAAAAAGUGAAAAUGUAUCAACUUACAUUUGGAACUGGCAUGUGGUGGAUCUAAUUAACCUAGUGGAUAACGCAUGACACAUCUUCAUUUCACAACACUCUGUGCGGCACAAGUAUGCAUUAUACAGUAACUGCAGAUACUUUGGAAUAUUGAGUUCAUACAGACGAUUUAUGACAGAUUUCCUGCCUAAAUAUUCUGUAAACCAAAAUACCUGCAUACACAAUAAAGUAGAAAUAUAUGUGCUCCCCAUUGACUAUACGGUAAUCAUGCUAGAAUCUGCAUAGCUAAACUAAUUAGUCAGAAUUCCCAUAUACCAUUCUGCUUCUGUAUUUGGCCAGAACUGAAGAGUUGCUGCGAGUUCACCAUAUGUGUAUGUUUUUAAAGUUCACAUUGAGAGUUUGCAGGUGUACACAUGUACCUAGAUAUGCGAGUUUUUUGAAGCUCUUUGUGCCAAUAUGUGCAGAGCACAACUGAAUGAAGUUUAAAAACAUGUUGCGGCUGUUAGUGAAGUACUGACUUGAAUGUUUAGAAGUUAAUCACAGUUAGUUGCAAAGACUGUUUCCAUUGUCAGUAUGUAAAAGCAGCUUUAAUUUUCAUUAAUUUCUAAAGCCCUAUAGUAAAAAUAAAAGGCAUUUGCUUUACUGUAGCCGAAAUCUGUGUUGUGUCGCCAGAUAAAUAUCUUCUUGAAUCUUAUGUUUGGUUGUCACCAUAAAGUCUCCUUCACAAGUAAAACAAAAUGGAAAAAUAAGUUCUUUGUUGUUGUAUUAUCCAGAAUUUACAUCAAAUGCUGAUUUAUUUUGCUGUUCACUACUUUUACACGUAAAUGUAAUCAGUUGUGAAAUAAAAUUAACUGCUUACAUCACAA